UUAGUUAAACUCCCUGUAGCAAAGACCAGAACUUGAAAACCACCAUUAUUUCAAGACAACCUAUGUUUCGGUCGAUGAACCGCCUCUUCCUUCCCUUACUCAUCAGCCUCGCAUUUCAUUCUGCUUACGCGGUGUCAAAUGCCGAUGAUGGCGUUACCGACCAAUACACUGUUUCUGUCGUCAGUGCAGUCCUGAACAACCCCAAACCCUUGAGGAUUCAUUGCCAAUCCGUGGACCAUGAUCUCGGAUAUCAGAUCCUCAAUACUGGAGAGGAUUUCCAUUGGUCCUUCAGGCUCAAUGUUUCUUACACCACUCGCUAUUACUGCUAUUUUUGGUGGGAUUCUAAAGACAAGCGCUUUGAUGUGUUCGAUUCUUACACAGUGGUUGAUAAAAGCCAAAAACAAAUACCUUUUACUAGUAAUUGGUCAGUGAGACCUGACGGCUUUUAUCUCAGCAAUGGGAAUGCAACUUGGGAAAAAGAAUAUGAUUGGGCUUGAUUAAGUUAGUAUUGAUUGAAUAACAGCCUGAGUCGAGCCAUGCUUUUGAUAUAUGAAUAAAAAGAAUUUGGAAAAUUUAUUUCUUUGGCU